CCCGCCUAUACGAGCCCUGACGCGGCCCUAAGGAAACAUUUCACUCUCUUGUCUCUAAUUGCCUGUUUCUACUGGAACAUGACGAAUGCUGCUUGAAGGCGAGACCGACAUCUCGUCUUUGGAUAUCAGCUGCCUUUUUUUCUCACCACGUCCGCCUAUGUUACCUUCAUGACUUAUAUUUAUCCCCAACUAGAUCCGCAAACCCGUACGUUGUCAUGCAGCCACUCACUUCUGCAAUGACUACGUUGAAAAAAUCGCUAUUAGCGGCUCUAAAGUCGUUUCUGCGCGGGAGGUCCUUCUUACAGGCCCUCCUUGCGUUUUGGGUCAGUCCAAGGGCUUUGAAGGAACACAAUGUCGACGGAAAGAUAUACCCGUCGAGAACUCUCGAGCAAUUCUUAGAGGAGGCAGAGAAGCUCUUUUUAGGUCCUAUUGAUGGGGACGGACUGAGCAGGUAUUCGUCAAACCUCAAGCGUCAGUUUCGGGAGCGGUUGCAUACCCAUACGGAAUGCAUGCUUCCGUCGUUCAACCACCUGCUCCCGACUGGAAAAGAACGAGGCCAAUAUCUUGCUCUCGAUGUCGGGGGUUCGACGCUGAGGGUUUCGCUGGUGGAACUAAGGGGCCGUGAAACAACUGGGAGGGAGAGUGAGAUUGUUCGGAUGGUUAGCUUCAAGAUUACACCAGAAAUUAAGAAGCUCGAGGGGAUGAGUUUCUUCGACUGGAUGGCAGCUCGUAUCUACGAGGUCAUCCAAAAAGACAUCUCACAUGAUCAGGGCGUAAUACCAAUGGGCCUCGCCUGGAGUUUCCCCGUAGAACAAGUAUCGAUGGGCAGUGGCCUUCUGCUUGGCAUGGGUAAAGGUUUCCUAGCUACUAAUGGCCUGCUUGGCCAGGACUUAGGCGAGAUCAUCAAAUUCGCCUGCAAGAAGCGAGGCCUUAAUGUUCAACUUGAAGCAAUUGUAAAUGACAGCACAGCAACAUUAUUAUCUCAGGCCUACAUCAACGCCUCGACGCGGUUCGGCCUGAUCCUGGGAACCGGCACUAACAUCGCAGUCCACCUGCCAGUGUCGGCGUUCAGCCGGUCUAAAUACGGCAAACGCCCAGACAGUUGGUUCGAGUCAGCCAGCCACGUUAUCGUGAACACGGAACUAGGAAUGUUCGGGAAGGAUAUACUGCCCUUAACACGGUGGGACAAACUCCUGAGCGCUGCCCACCCACGACCCGACUUUCAGCCACUUGAACACUUACUUAGCGGCUACUACCUUGGAGAGAUCUGUCGGCUCGCUAUAGUCGACGCCGUCGAGACCGUUGGACUACUAGGUGGUCAGUUACCACCAUCCCUAGAGAAGCCGUACUCGCUGGACACAGAAUUACUAUCAAAGAUCGAACAGGAUACGUCACCUACUCUUGAAAAGGCCAUAUCGCAAUUUACAACGCAUCAUCCCUCCACUACAUCGCCUACCCUCUCCGACAUAACCGCAAUCCGUACCUUCGCAACAUAUAUAUCACGACGAUCCGCCGCCCUCCUAGCUGCGUCCGUGUUCUCGCUCUGGGAGCUACGACACGAGACGGAAGCCGAACUUGCCGCGGCAUCUCCUAAACCCACACCCUCGAAUGAUAGCGCCGUAGUCCUACCGUCGCCUUCCAUCGAUGAGGAGUUGAAAGAGGUCGAGGUCAGCACAAAAGUGGCAUUCAACGGGUCCGUUAUCGAGCACUACCCGCAGUACCGCGCCACGUGCCAACGGUACAUCGACGAUUUGGUCUUGCACAGCGAGCACGUCGGGUCCGUGGACCUGGUCCCGACAGUUGAGAGCUCCAUCAUUGGCGCCGCGGUUGCGCUCGCGUGUGCCACAGCCGCCGAGGCAUAAUAAUUGGAAGCUUUAAUGGUAAUACGAAAGUCAUCUAUCCUGUAAAUAUUGCAUCUUUAUAUUUUUAUUUUCAUGUGCUGUUUUCUCCGAAAACGCUUGUCGAUGCAUUCUACCCGGGGAAGAAACAAGAGCGGAGAGCACAGAGUGCUUGAACUGUCUAGUCAUCACUGGGAAGGGUGGCAUGUGGUGUUUGGGUUGGUCAAGCGAGCGAUCAAGUAAACAAGCAAAUGAGUUUUUGAGGCGGGUAUAUAUACUAGAAGGCGUUUACGGCUACAUAGCAUAAUUGAGAGAUAUCAUGGCUCGCAAACGGAUCAUAACGUGUAUUGGUCGGAUGUGGCUAGCUACUUGAAGCGGCUAACAAUUAGCAGCGCAUCAAAACAUUAAGUCACUAUAAAAUA